CCUACAUCGCGCGACCGCCGUCGCUGUCGUCGUUGUCUGACUUGUCAUGGGUGCGAGAUAGGAGCGAACGUCAACGAAAACAAAACUGGGAAAGAUGUGCUGUCGUAACGCGACGUUUAUCGUGCUUUCGUUAUUUCUAAUACUGUUCUGCGACACAACGUCAUCGGAAUGCAACGAGCUCGUGCCCUGCAUCUGCUCGUUACCGGACGGCUACUAUUACAAUUUGACCGCCCUCGCUAACGCAGAGCCACUUGAGGCCAUUGUUGACGAUAAAGUUAAUUGGACGAUACGCUUUCAUCCGUGCACAAAUGUAAAAAUGAAGCUAGACAACAACGACACAACAUGCGCCAAUGGAAAUGGAGUAUCACUAUGCAUGCACAAUAAAAAUCAGACACUAACUGGGACGGUGGAGGAAACGAAAAUGAAAUUGUCGACUGCAGGCAAUUUUCCAAUUUUUGAAAUAGUCCAUAAAGAUGUUAAGUCGACGAUAAAUAUUGUAUGCUCUCUCGUUAAGGAGGUCAAAACGAUAUUCAAACUAGAUUCUCCGAUUUCUUCUGAAUCUAAACAAUUAACUUUUAUGCUGGUUUCGCCAUAUGGGUGUAAGAUGGAACCGGAAAGGGGGCUGUCCACAGGCUCCGUCUUGGUUAUCCUGUUCUUCGUCAGCGUUGGCGUAUAUUUUAUUGGCGGCAUUAUAGUGCUGAAGACGUUGAGGGGAGCCACGGGGUGGGAGAUGGUGCCUAAUCACGAUUUCUGGUGCAAGCUCCCUUCGCUAGUCAAAGACGGCGUCGUCUUCACCUUCAAUUGUUGUCGAGCGGACAGUUACGAGAGAAUAUAAUACCAACGUUUGUGUUAAAUCGAUUUGAUUUGAUAUUUAUUAAGUGCGCGCGCGAACUUUGUUGCAAUUUAGUGUAUUGUAAAAUAGUCCAUUUGUAUUCCAAAUAUUUUUUUAUCCUUACGCUCGUUUAUAUUACUUCAAGUCUUUGUACGUUUAGCUAGCAGAGUUUAUAAUAGUUAUUAGGAAUAUCCUUGUUUGUCGUCUACAUUAACUUGGCGAAUUGUUUUGCAAUCAGUUUAUUUAUGCUGUACCUUUAACGUCGAUAUUUCCGUUGCUUUUGUUAUUCCUUUAUCAUGUUGCAAAAGCACAGUGUAUAUACAUGUGAAAAAUGUGAUAUUUCAUUACGCUGUGUCACGUGCCAAUGUUAUUUAUUUUCUUUUAUAAGACAGACAUUUCAACUUAAUUUGAUGCAAAAUCGAUUUAUACGUGUAUAAAAUAAUUAACUGUUGCAAGCCGUAUAAUUAACAUCUGAAAACCGAGAAAACAUUACACAAAAAAUGGUCUUAUUGGUCUCUGAAAACAUUGGAUAUGCUUGUUUACAGGUACAAUCUAUAUUGAAUAAUAAUAGUAAAAACGAUUGUGAAUCAUAUAAGAUUAUAUAAACGAUGUAUGUCUGUAGGAUAACAUUUUGACACUGCAAGGGCCUAGACGCUAAAAUCGGCCAUUCUCGCGAAUGUACUAUUUUCCUCCAUGAACGUUUUUCUCCAUAAAUAUAUUUUUUAUAUAGACUUUUUAACAUUAGUGAAGUCACACGUGAUCAGCUUUUUCUACAAUUUAAAGUAGAAUUCUUAUCUCUCUUUUGUACAAGCAAACUAUUCGUUCACAAGCGCUUAGACCCUUGUAUAGUCAGUGACGACACGUCAGGAACCGGUGAUUUGAUAAUGUGAUGUUUUAUUAACAAAGUCUCUAAUAAUACAAAAAUAUAAAUACACAAAUAGA